AUGGGCUUAUAUAAAUCACAGGACCACACACGUCUCCACGUCCUCCCUCUUCCUUACCCCCCUCUCCUCCUUCCCCACGCAAGGCUCACUCUCCCAAUCCCGCAUGUGGUCGCACAAGCCCUCGUCGAACUCUUACGCGACUCUCAGUCAGCAGGUCUACCCAGUUCACUCGUCAUAGCGGCAGUGCCUGUGCCUCCUCCUGCUGGCACAGCGGGAGAAGGGGAUGACCUGGGCUUGGGAUGGGGAGUAGAGGACGGGAGAAGGCUGCACACGACAGGAGUCAGUGCUAGCCUCGUAAGGCUCUCACUCGGAUCAGGCCAAGUCGACGUCCUCACUCUGCAAGGGAUCUCUCGCCUGCAUCUUCCCGAUCCGCCUCAGACACCGCUGGACCCCCUCCCCGUGCACAGGGUCAAGUUCCCCCGUGUUUCGGGAGAAUCGGUGGACCCCGCAAAGUUCGAGGAAUGGAGGGAGAAGGCACUCAGGGUCGUUAGUGGUAGGGAGAGGGAUGCGGAGAGGAGGGAAGGGAAAGAGGGUUCAGCAAGGGCAUGGGCGAGGCUCGGAGAGAUUGUAGCUGGUGUGGGCGUCGAACGCGCAGGCUGGGCUGUGGACGUACUUAUGGGCGCGGUGGGUAUGAGCUACGAGGAUUCACUGAAGAUCCUCGAGUGCGUUUCGAUUCCUGAGCGCAUUAUUCUCUCUACCAAGCUGCUCGCCAAGCCUCUGCCCGAUACGUCGAAUGCCAUCAUCCGGAAUCCUAGCUCUAUACGAGAACAACUGGCUUCUCUCUCGCGUGCGCUCGCUUCCCUGUCCUCUUCGGGAACUUCGUCUCCCACUUCUCCUUCCACGCGUUCUGUCGCGUCGGGACAGGAGGCUCCGAAAUCAGAGCUGGACGAAGAUGUGCAGGGAGAAGACGAACUGGCCGACAUCAAGCGGCAAAUUGAGGCUUUGGUAAAAGGGAGCGAGGAGAGGAAAGCGGGAGUGAGGGAAUGGAGGAGGCUUAGAAUGAUUCCUCCUGGCAGUGUGGAGACAGGCGUUAUUAGAGGCUAUCUUGAAUGGCUGACGAGUCUGCCUUGGCCGGUCGAAGACCUCGCCGCACAGGGAGCAGAACACAGCGCCCUGGUUGACCCGGAAUUCGUCUCAAAGGCAAGGGAAAUACUGGAGAAGGAACAUUACGGGCUGGAUAAAAUCAAGAGAAGGUUGAUGGAGUAUCUUGUGGUGCUGCGACUAAAGGCACUGUCUCAUUCAAGCGUAACCUCGACUAGAGUCGUUGCCCAACCCAAUUCUCCCCCGGAUGCGCAGGCAGAACCUCUCUCUGCUACCCCCGCAAAGGCCACAGCGAUCAAAGCUCCCAUCCUGCUACUCGUCGGCCCUCCAGGCACGGGGAAGACAUCAAUUGCCUCUUCACUCGCUCGCGCCCUUCGCCGUCCCUUCGAGCGCAUCUCCCUCGGUGGUGUCAGAGACGAAGCGUCCAUCCGCGGCCACAGGCGGACAUACGUCGCUUCCGGCCCAGGGAUGAUCAUUUCAGCUCUGCGCAGGGCAGGGCGUCGGGAUGCCGUCAUUUUACUGGACGAAGUCGACAAGCUUGCCGGCAAAGGCGGGGUGAUGGGCGACCCUGCAGCAGCGUUACUCGAAGUUCUUGAUCCGGAGCAGAACGCAAAAUUCGUCGACCACUACCUUGGGAUCCCGUUCGAUCUCUCUCAAGUCACUUGGCUCGCUACGGCCAACACACUCGACGGAAUCUCCGCCCCUUUGUUAGACAGAUGCGAAGUCAUCCGUUUGUCGGGGUACACGGGCGCAGAGAAGCUGCACAUUGCCCAGCGGUAUCUGGUGCCCAAGCAGCUCACACAGAACGGGCUCAGUGACCAGGAAUGUGUUGUCCCGGAAGAGACGGUCAAAGCCGUCGUCAGGGGUUGGACGAGGGAAGCGGGCGUCAGGGGUUUGGAGAGACAGAUCGGGGCUGUCGUGAGGUGGAAAGCGGUGGAGCUUUCGGAGUCUGGCGUACCGGUUCAUCAGGGGGAGAGCAAGGGUGGAAACAAGAAGUCCUAUGACCCUGUCGUUAGACCUGAACAACUGCAGACAAUCCUCGGCCUGGGAAAGGAUGACCAUUCGGAGCUAGAUCGCACGGAGAAGGUCGGGGUUGUGUGGGGGAUGGUGUACACCGGCGAAGGGGAGGGAGGCCUGCUGAGCGUCGAGACUGUUCGGGUGCCGGGAGAUGGUAAACUCAGGUUGACCGGCAGCCUAGGCGAGGUCAUCAGAGAGAGUGGGGAGAUUGCGCUCAGUUGGGUCAAAUCCCAUGCUUUCGAGCUCGGUAUCACGGCUUCUCCCUCGCAAGAUCCACUCAAAGAGCCCGACUCGAUCGAUAUCCACCUGCAUCUUCCAGCGGGUGCGACGCGCAAAGACGGGCCCAGUGCGGGGAUCGCUAUGGUCUGCGCGUUCGUUUCUCUUCUCACGGGCCGCGUCGUCCCUUCCAGCAUCGCGAUGACCGGCGAGCUUACCCUUCGUGGGCAGGUCGACCCCGUCGGAGGGAUCAAGGAGAAAGUGCUAGGUGCACACAGGGCGGGAAUCAAGAAAGUCGUCAUGCCCGGCAGGAACCGAAGAGACGUCGAGAUGGACGUCGCUCCCGAAGUGAGGAAGCAACUUGAGUUUGUGUAUGUCGAGACGGUGGAAGACGUUCUAGAGGCCGCGUUUGGCAAGGGCGUGUUUUGGAAAGGACAUGCUUUUGUCGAGAGCAGGCUGUAGGUUGCGUGGCUGCGUUCGUCCUGUUUAUGCGCAAGUGUACUAUUCAAUCAAGAUAAUCCAUC